AUGCUUGUUAAAAAUUUUGUAGAUAAGAACCUAUCUCCAUUUAAUAACGAUUUAAGAUAAUUAUUGCCAUUGUUGCAGGAAUAAAAAUAUCAUGUAGAGGUGUUAGAUUAUUAAAAUGAAUGUCAAAUUAAAGGUUUGCAAUAAUUAUAGAAAAAAGAUCACGAUUUUGCAUUUAUAUUAGAGUGGACAUAAUCAAUCUUCAAUCAGGAAUAUUUUGUAUAAUAUAUGAAUCAAAUAUUAGUUUUCUUUAAUUAAAAAAUAGUAUUGAAUUAAGAAAAAAUAUAGGAUUAAUAAAAUUAAAUAAAAAUAUAGGAUUAAUUAAUAUAUUGUUUGAAAUAACUAUUGAACCUAUCAACGAAAGGAUUAGAUUUCAGGUGCAAAAUAGAAUUAGAAUCAAUUAUGAAAAUGGUCAAAAUUUUCUAUUAUAUUUACAAUAAUUGGUACAAUCUACUUAAUGUCAAUAUAUUCAACAUUAUAAAUACUCCAAGACAUAUCAUAUUUCAUAUUUAUUUUAUGACAAAACUCUUUGAUGUUGGUAGAAUAGGUAAUUCUAUAAUAAUUAAGUUUGAAUAAAGUGAUAUCUAAAGUAUAUCACCCCAGAAUCACUAUUUAGAUGAUUACUUCUAUUUUUGUAGACUUUCUAUUUGA